AUGUCCUCUAUCCACGAUACACUCCGGCUCAUUGAUUGUUGCCAACUUGUACUGCAACCUAGAUGUGGUGAGCUACUGCUGCUGCCUCCCACUGUUCUACUGGGGCACUCGGACGUGAAAUGGAAGGAAGCAACAACGAUAAGGUUUUAUUUUACGCUCAUGGCAUCAUCGUCGCACGUCUGGUCACUGCCAUUCUUCGCGGCGACCAUCUAUUCGUGGUUUACGCACAGGGUCAUUCCCACUGUCAAGUUCACCUUUUACUACCUUUUUACGACCGAGCGUUCCAAUGACUCUCACAGAGUUCGCCUCUUUCGUUUUGGUAUUCCCAUUGUCAUGAAAGAGACGCCACGGACGGUCAGCACCGAGGCGGACGCCCUACGAUUCUUGAAUACAACCUGCUCUGACUUGCCAAUACCCCGGCUCCUCGAUUCCUUCGUGUUGGGAGAUUCCACAUACACCAUCAUGACCAAGCUGCCGGGGCAUAAUUUGUUGGACCGUUCCUUACCAUCUGACCAAUUAGAAGUGGUGGCCAAGGAAGUCCUAGAUUUCUUGCAUCGACUAUGGCAGAUUGAGCAACCAGACAACUGCAAAGGGCAAGUCAUGCGUAGCGCUAGUGGUCAUGGGCUUCCCAACCCCAUGACUCUCCAUUCCAACCUCAGCAACACAUUUCCUUCGACGCUUCAUUGUUAUGCUCUCAUGAACUUCAAAGAUCUGAACCAUUUUAUCGCGGAUACGGCACCUUCCACUCUCGAGCAUCUCGCAAAUGACCCGGUGUGUUGGGUACAUACUGAUUUGCGGCUCCAAAACAUAUUGGUGCUGGACGGCCGACUAAGUGGCAUCGUUGAUUGGGAGGAUUCGGGAUGGCUACCCCGCCAUUGGCAAUUGCAUAUGUUCCGCAACGUAUACAUGCACGGCAUUACAUUCGAAUGGUGGGCCUUAUGGAAAAAGGAACGGAUGCGUUUUGAUGAAGCGGUGGAAGCAGUGUACGAACUGUCUACCGGUCUGAUCACAUAUCCAUUGUGA